AUGGAAUGUCCACUCAUGUUUCUUCAAGAGGAGGUGGGAGAAUUCAGUACCACUGUAUAUUUCAGAGUAGCAGCAUCUCAAUCCGAACACCAACUCCCAACUAACUAUUUUGAACCUAUAAGGAGUGAGGUAAUUAUUGAUAGUUACUUUGAAAUUCCACCCUUUUGCUUACUAGAGGUGGAUGGUGAUUGGCCAAUGGCAAGACUAAUCUUUUCAGAUUUGAAUACAUGUAAAGAGGACUUUAUUUUGAAGAGUAAGAAACGAGAAGGCAACCAAAUCACUGACGAUUCACUAGUUCACUUUAAUGUUAAACAUUAUGGCAGUAGCACAGAUCUUGUGAAUGCAAUUUUGGAGAAUAAGAAAGAUAAGUUAGCAUUUGUGAAAUCUAGUGUUUGCCAACGAUUCAUUGCCACCACUCACAUUCUGAGAUAUGUACUGCAACACAAAACAGACCCACAAGUUGAAUUGCAACUGUGCAGUCUAAAGAUUGGACUCGAGUAUUAUAAUUUCGGUAAGAUUAAGGUGGGAAGAAAGUGUGAUGCAAAUGAAAUGGAAACCUUUUUCAGUCAAUUGAAUCCAAUGGAAUUGCAAUACAUUAUUCCAGCAAAUAGUCCUGUUAUUAGAAAAAUGCAAAGUGAAAAAUCCCUCCUUCUCCAGACCAUACCAUCCUCUCAAAUCUACCACUUUAUAGACACAUCAUUAUCUGAAAGUCCUCUUCACUUUAAACAUGAAAAAUUUAAUGACAUUCUAUUAGAAACUCUAGAAGAAGUUUCUGAAUACUGA